AUGGGCUCGAAUGUGGUCAACGGCAAUGCUAGCCAUGCCUUAGAUCUGACUGUCCUCGGUCUCAACAGCGGGACGUCGAUGGAUGGCAUCGACUGUGCCCUUUGCCAUUUUUGGCAGGAGACCCCCGAGUCGCCUAUGCACUUUGAGCUGCUGAAGUAUGGAGAGAUCCCGCUGGAGGCGAAAAUCAAGAAACGCGUUAUGAACAUGAUCCUGCACAACAAAACCUCUCCGUCUGAGUUGUCAGAAGUCAACGUCAUCCUUGGCGAGACGUUUGCGUCGGCAGUGCACCAGUUCUGCAAGGACUUCAAUGUCGAGAUUGACUCGAUUGAUCUCUUGGGCUCCCACGGCCAGACGAUCUGGCUGCUCUCCAUGCCCGAGCCAGGCGAGACUCGAAGCGCAUUGACUAUGGCCGAGGGAACAUUCCUGGCCUCGCGCACGGGUAUCACCUCAGUGACAGACUUCCGCGUGAGCGAUCAAGCUGCCGGGCGCCAGGGUGCUCCACUGAUUGCGUUUUUUGACGCGUUAGUGCUGCACCACCCGACCAAGUUACGUGCCUGCCAGAACAUCGGUGGCAUCGCGAACGUGUGCUUUAUCCCGCCAGACACCCACGGCGGCGUGAACGAAUGCUACGACUUUGAUACUGGCCCAGGCAAUGUCUUCAUCGAUGCCGUGGUGCGCUAUUACACCAACGGGGAACGUGAAUAUGAUAAAGACGGAGAGAUGGGCGCGCGUGGUAUUGUUGACCAGGAGCUCGUGGACGACUUCUUACGUCACCCGUACUUUGCCCUAGAUCCGCCCAAAACUACGGGCCGCGAGGUUUUCCGGGACACGCUCGCGCAUGAAUUUAUCACCAAAGCGGACCAGGCUAUUGUGUAUCACUACCGUCGCUAUGCCCCGAAGGACCUGGAGAUUGCCGAGAUCUUCAUGUGCGGCGGGGGCGCUUAUAACCCUAACAUCAGGUCAUUUAUCCAGAAGCACUAUCCCAACACUCGCAUCAUGAUGCUGGAUGAUGCCGGGAUUCCCGCUGGUGCCAAAGAGGCUAUUACCUUCGCCUGGCAGGGUAUGGAAGCUGUGGUGGGCCGCUCCAUUCCUGUUCCCACGCGCGUCGAGAAUCGUCAAGAGUAUGUGCUCGGAAAGGUGGCUCCGGGCAAGAACUAUCGCAAGGUCAUGCGACAAGGUAUGCUUUUCGGUGCAGGUCGCGAUCAUCUCUCCCCGGUGAAUGAGCUGGUCAACUAUGUCGAUGGCAAGGUCUUCAACAACAAGUGGUAA